AUGAUCAGCAUCGAAAAAAUGAAACCUGUUUGGGGAGCACUGCACACUGUGGAAGCCCGGCAGGCAGGCGAGGGGGCGGCAGUGGGGGCGGGGUGCUGCGAGUGCGCUGCUCUUCGAAGGUCAUCGGUAACUCCUUCGGCUCGGCUGGGCGCCUGCGUUGACCUCUUAACAAAGAACAGACACCACUUCUGGAGUGACAGCGACCAUGUGGCCGGAACCAGGGCAAGUCCCCGAGAAUUCCAGAACCGGCCGCCCUUCAGUGAACGCCAGCCACUACCUGCAAGCGGACUGCGGUUACGUGACAAACUGCAAGUCUCCAACAGCCCAGGUAGCAAGCCUCCCCGGCAAGCUGCGCUGAGAAACCAGCCUGCGACUGCAGCUGGCCCUCCUCGAAUCCCGAAUCCCGGCAGCCUCAGCGGCCGGCCGGCGCGGGCUCUCCUGGGCUCCCGGCAGCCUCAGCGGCCGGCCGCGCGGGCCCUCCUCGGCUCCCGGCAGCCUCAGCGGCCUCAAGCUCUCUCUCCCUCGGAGCGUCCUGCGUCCAAGGUGGCGGCGCCGCUCUGGGGGUCACCGGCGCCCUCCCUGCCCCUUCUCGCCCCUCACAGCCCACGCAGCGGCCCUGCCACCCCAGGGCAAGCACUGCGGAGAGAUGGGCCUGGCCCGGAAGUAGGGGACUCGGGGUCGGCGUAACCCACCCUCCGUCCUGGGGGGCGGGGGCUCCAGCCCGGCACCGCCCCCUGAGGGGCCGAGGGCUGGAGCCCCACGUGCUACGCCCCAACUUUCCAGACCUGCACCCGAGAGAGGAGCCCCGAACACCUAGCUUUGAAGGCCCCCACAGACCUGGGCGCUUACC